GCGGCUGGAGGUGCAGGCAGGGGUUAAGGCGGGGGUCGCCAGGGGGCUGGGUGGCGGGAUGAUGGAGGAGGAGGAACUGGAGUUCGUGGAGGAGCUGGAAGCCGUGCUGCAGCUCACGCCCGAGGUGCAGCUCGCCAUCGAGCAGGUAUUUCCGAGUCAGGAUCCUUUAGAUCGAGCAGAUUUCAAUGCUGUUGAGUAUAUCAAUACCCUCUUUCCAACAGAGCAAUCUCUGGCAAACAUAGAUGAAGUCGUGAACAAAAUUAGACUGAAAAUCAGGAGACUGGAUGACAACAUUCGAACUGUUGUAAGAGGUCAGACAAACGUGGGGCAAGAUGGGAGGCAGGCACUUGAAGAGGCCCAGAAGGCUAUUCAGCAACUCUUUGGCAAAAUCAAAGACAUCAAAGACAAGGCAGAAAAAUCAGAGCAAAUGGUUAAAGAAAUCACCCGUGAUAUCAAGCAGUUAGAUCAUGCCAAACGCCACCUGACCACCUCAAUCACCACGCUGAACCACUUGCACAUGCUGGCGGGCGGUGUCGACUCCCUCGAGGCCAUGACCAGGAGAAGACAGUAUGGAGAAGUUGCCAAUCUCCUGCAGGGCGUGAUGAACGUUCUGGAGCACUUCCACAAGUACAUGGGCAUCCCGCAGAUCCGGCAGCUUUCCGAAAGGGUAAAAGCUGCGCAGACUGAGUUAGGACAGCAAAUCCUGGCAGAUUUUGAAGAAGCAUUUCCUUCCCAGGGUACCAAGAGGCCAGGAGGACCCAGCAAUGUCCUACGAGAUGCAUGUCUGGUUGCUAAUAUUUUGGACCCCAGAGUCAAGCAGGAAAUCAUCAAAAAGUUUAUUAAACAGCACCUGUCAGAAUAUCUAGUGCUUUUUCAAGAAAAUCAAGAUGUUGCCUGGCUGGACAAAAUUGACAGACGUUAUGCCUGGAUAAAACGCCAGCUUGUGGACUAUGAGGAGAAAUAUGGCCGCAUGUUUCCACGUGAGUGGUACAUGACUGAGAGGAUUGCAGUAGAAUUCUGCCACGUGACAAGGACAGAACUUGCCAAGAUUAUGCGUACCCGAGCCAAGGAAAUUGAAGUGAAAUUGCUUCUUUUUGCCAUUCAGAGAACAACUAACUUUGAGGGAUUUCUUGCAAAACGCUUCUCCGGCUGCACCCUGACAGAUGGAAGCCUGAAAAAACUCGAGUCUCCACCUUCAUCUACCAAUCCCUUCCUGGAAGAUGACACAGCACCAGAGAUGGAAGAGCUGCCAGUGGAGAAAGGAGAUCUCGAUCAACCAAAGAAGCCCAAAGCCCCAGACAAUCCAUUUCACGGCCUUGUUUCCAAGUGUUUUGAGCCUCAUCUCUAUGUGUACAUCGAGUCCCAAGACAAAAACCUCGGAGAGUUGAUAGAUCGGUUUGUGGCUGAUUUCAAAGCCCAAGGACCACCUAAGCCCAAUACUGAUGAAGGGGGUGCCGUGCUCCCCAGCUGUGCUGACCUCUUUGUCUACUACAAGAAGUGCAUGGUGCAGUGCUCUCAGCUCAGCACCGGGGAGCCAAUGAUCGCCCUGACCACCAUUUUCCAGAAGUACCUCCGAGAAUAUGCCUGGAAAAUCCUCUCUGGCAACCUGCCCAAAACCACCACGAGCAGCGGAGGGCUGACCAUCAGCAGCCUCCUCAAGGAAAAGGAGGGCUCAGAAGCUGCCAAGUUCACCCUCGAGGAGCUCUGCCUCCUCUGCAGCAUCCUGAGCACAGCAGAGUACUGUCUGGCCACCACUCAGCAGCUAGAAGAAAAACUCAAAGAAAAAGUUGAUGUAAGUCUGACUGAACGAAUCAAUCUAACUGGAGAAAUGGACACCUUCAGCACUGUCAUCUCCAGCAGUAUUCAGCUGCUGGUUCAGGACCUCGAUGCUGCUUGUGAUCCUGCCCUGACUGCCAUGAGCAAGAUGCAGUGGCAGAAUGUGGAGCACGUUGGUGACCAGAGCCCCUAUGUCACCUCUGUCAUUCUUCACAUUAAGCAGAAUGUCCCUGUCAUCCGCGACAACCUGGCUUCCACGCGGAAAUACUUCACUCAGUUCUGCAUUAAAUUCGCAAACUCCUUCAUUCCCAAAUUCAUCACUCACCUCUUCAAGUGCAAGCCAAUUAGCAUGGUGGGAGCAGAACAGCUGCUACUGGACACCCACUCCCUGAAGAUGGUCCUGCUCGACCUCCCAUCCAUCGGCUCGCAGGUGGUGAGGAAAGCCCCCGCCAGCUACACCAAGAUUGUCGUGAAGGGCAUGACUCGGGCCGAGAUGAUCCUCAAGGUCGUGAUGGCCCCUCAUGAACCGCUGGUGGUGUUUGUCGACAACUACAUCAAACUUCUUACCGACUGCAACACGGAAACCUUCCAGAAGAUACUGGACAUGAAGGGGCUGAAGCGAAGUGAGCAGAGCAGCAUGCUGGAACUCUUCCGCCAGCGGCUCCCUGCCCCGCCCUCGGGGCCAGACGGCUCCAGCUCUCUGUCCCUCAUGGCUCCAACCCCGGAACAGGAGUCCUCGCGAAUCCGCAAACUCGAGAAACUCAUUAAAAAGAGACUGUAGGAGCACACAGGGGCACCUUCUCUUUCCUGGCCGGCAUCCCUCGGCACCCGGUACCCGAAGCCCCAUCUGCUCCUGUGUUCCCGUAACCCUCAGAUCACCUGUUGACAUGUUUGCCCCAUGCCCUGUCUUGAUUCCUGUGAGUAAGAGCCGGGUUAUAAAAAGGCAACUGAGAUGA